AUUGCGCACCAACUACGACAUAACGUCGCGAUUACGUACAACGUAAGUGACGCAGGCGCCCACUGGGUUCUAAAAGAAACAUUUACUACGUUCAGAAACAGCACAGCCAUGAACUGGAACAAAGGGGGUCCAGGGGUGAAGCGUGGGUUUGGCUUUGGGGGUUUUUCACUUGCGGGGAAGAAAGAGGACUCUAACGUUCCCCCAAAAUCUCAGACAUCAUUUGGAGCUUCUGGAUCAAGUGGUGGUUAUGGGAAAAGCCCACAGCUUCCGUCUUUCUAUAAAAUAGGGUCCAAAAAAGCUAAUUUUGAUGAGGAAAAUGCGUAUUUUGAAGAUGAUGAAGAAGAGUCCAGCAGCAAUGCAGAUCUGCCCUACAUUCCUGCUGAGAACUCACCAACACGGCAGCAGAUGCAGUCGGGUGGCGGUGGCGGUUCAGAUAGCGAAGAUGACCCUUUGGAUGCUUUUAUGGCAGAAGUUGAGAACCAAGCAGCUAAAGACAUGAGGAAACUAGAAGAAAAGGAGAAGGAGAAAAAAUCAUCCAAGGGUAUUCGUGAUGACAUCGAGGAAGAAGAUGAGCAAGAAGCCUAUUUCCGCUACAUGGCAGAGAAUCCUACAGCCGGGCUAACCCAAGAGGAAGAGGAGGAAAACGUUGAUUAUGACAGUGAUGGAAACCCAAUUCCUUCUACAACCAAAAAAAUAAUCAUGCCUCUGCCACCUAUUGAUCACUCAGAGAUUGACUACCCACCCUUUGAGAAAAACUUUUACAAUGAACACGAAGAACUAAGCAGUCUCACUGGUAGUCAGAUCUUGGAGUUAAGGCAGAAACUGAACUUGCGAGUUUCUGGUGCUGCCCCUCCAAAACCUUGCACCAGCUUUGCCCACUUUGGCUUCGAUGAGCAGCUGAUGCACCAGAUUCGAAAGUCUGAGUACACUCAGCCCACACCGAUUCAAUGUCAGGGUGUCCCCAUUGCUCUUUCUGGACGUGACAUGAUUGGCAUCGCAAAAACCGGAAGUGGUAAGACUGCAGCUUUUAUCUGGCCGAUUCUGGUUCAUAUCAUGGACCAAAAGGAGCUGGAGCCUGGAGAGGGACCUAUUGCGAUAAUUGUGUGUCCCACUCGGGAGCUUUGCCAGCAGAUCCAUGCAGAAUGUAAGCGCUUUGGGAAAGCCUACUCGCUGCGUUCUGUGGCUGUUUACGGAGGAGGCAGUAUGUGGGAGCAGGCCAAGGCUCUGCAGGAGGGAGCAGAGAUUGUAGUGUGCACACCAGGCCGUCUGAUUGACCAUGUUAAAAAGAAGGCUACAUCCUUGCAGAGAGUGACAUACUUGGUGUUUGAUGAGGCCGAUCGAAUGUUUGAUAUGGGCUUUGAAUAUCAAGUGAGAUCAAUUGCAAGCCAUGUUCGCCCAGACAGGCAGACUCUUCUCUUCAGCGCUACUUUUCGUAAAAAGAUCGAGAGGUUGGCGAGGGACAUUUUGGUUGAUCCUAUUCGGGUUGUGCAGGGUGACAUCGGAGAGGCCAAUGAAGAUGUGACUCAGGAGGUGGAGCUGCUGCUCAGCGGAUCAGAUAAAUGGAACUGGCUGACCCGAAGGCUGGUCGAGUUCACCUCCACCGGUUCUGUCCUCAUUUUUGUCACCAAGAAGGCUAACUCUGAGGAACUGGCCACCAACCUAACUCAAGAGGGCUACAGCCUCGGUCUCCUACAUGGCGAUAUGGACCAGAGCGAGAGGAACAAAGUCAUCAGUGACUUCAAGAAGAAGAACUUGCCUGUUCUGGUUGCCACUGACGUAGCUGCGCGCGGUCUGGACAUCCCGUCAAUCCGCACAGUAGUGAACUAUGAUGUGGCACGCGACAUCGACACGCACACUCACAGAAUAGGUCGAACAGGUCGCGCUGGGGAGAAAGGUGUGGCCUACACCCUCCUCACCAGCAAAGACACCUCGUUUGCUGGCGACCUGGUGCGGAACCUGGAGGGAGCAAAUCAGGCUGUUCCUAAAGAGCUCAUGGAUUUAGCCAUGCAGAAUCCCUGGUUCAGGAAAUCCCGAUUUAAGGGUGGCAGAGGAAAGAAGCUGAACAUUGGUGGAGGUGGUCUUGGUUACAAAGAGAGACCAGGCCUGGGGGCUGACAGCUCUGAACGUGGCAGUAGCUUGUCUUCCUCGAGCAGCUUUGAGGGGUAUAGCAAACCAACAACUGGAGCAAUGGGGGAUCGUAUGUCUGCACUGAAACAAGCCUUCCAGGCCCAGUAUAAGAGCCACUUUGUGGCUGCAACCAGCGGCCCUCCCAAGCUCAGCACCAAGUCUAGCUGCUCCUCCGGCUGGACGAGUGCCGGUAGCUUGAACUCUGUGCCAACAGAGGCUGCCAAUGGCUCUGAGCGACCCAACAUUGCUGCUUUAUCAAUGUCUGGUUUCACCAGUGCUGGCUCCCUGAGCUCAGUGCCCACCACUCAAACCAGUUCACAAUACAGUAACCCUUCACCUGCACCUCCCACACACAGAGAGAGCCCGCGACAUGGGGAGUCCCAGGGACGCCCUGGAGACAGCCAUCAACGCUAUAAUGAUAGGAGUGAUCGGCAUAGUGGUGAGGAUCGCUAUGGAGACCGAGAUCGACAUGGAGACAGAGAUCGUGACCGCCAUGGCGACAGGGAUCGCCACAGCAGUCGCCACAGUGACAGCCGAAAUGGUGAUGGAAGCAGGAGGGACAGAGAUGACCGGAGGAGUGAUAGGGAUGGGGGAGACAAGGGAAGUGGAGAGGGGAGGGAGAAAGGAGAUGACAGCUUCGCUGUUCCUGACCCACCAAAACGCAGAAAGAGCCGAUGGGACAACUAAAGAGAAAUGAGUUAACACAUCUCUGCCACAUAUGUUCAGGCACCCAACAGCUCCACAAAGGGUUGGUGUGUUUAGGCUGGCAGCAGAGUGUAACAGAGGCUGACACAAGGCGAUUUGUUGGAGGGGUUUUGUUUUAAAUGGUCAGAAAAGUUGGUUAGAACUCAACAGAAUUUGUUCAGCUCCGCGAAUUCAUAAACACACACUGUAGAUACCAUCCAAACUGAUGUUACUGUUAGUCAAGUCGAGCUAAAGAGCUGUGAAUUCUUAUGUCAGUAAAAAUAAAUGCAGUUUAAGAUGCGUUCUCACACACUUUUGUGCUUGCAAAGCUCAUGCUUUGUAUAUUUUCAUUUUGUGUACUACAAAACAUUUAAUUUUUAAAGUCAUAGUUCACAGGUAAAUGAACAUGUCAAAGCAGCCAUGUGUGGCUCUUUUCGUGUAUUGUAUUCAUGUUUUAGUGGAGUGCCUUUCCGUGGCAUGGUGUAUAUCACAAACAAUAAAAAAACAUGUUUGAUUAAAA